AAUAAGUUAUGUUAUUAGAUCGCGUCCUUCGAUUAGUGUGGGUUGGUGAUAUUGGUAUUAACAGUUGGCAUUGAAGAAAAAACACUUUCGUCUUGUCACUGUCAAAUCUGCCGACAAAUUUAUUUAUUGAUUUUUCUCCCGCGGUAGGUGAAAAAUCCAAAAUCUUAGAAUGGGUAAACCAAAUUCUUUCACUGCGUUUUUAAAGGGCGUUUAUCACGACGACUUCAAAUGGGCACUGGUAAAGAGCAUCGGCUUCUUUGCAUUGGGUGUGCGAAUCGCCCAGGAAUUCCACGGAGUCGAAUUAUUAACAACCCAAACAUAAAUUUAGUGUAUAAUAGUUGUAAAUAAAAAUGUUUAACUGUUUGUGUGUAAGUGUGUUUGUUGGCCUAACUCAUGCUUUACCAAAUUUUGUCUUUGUGUUGACUGAUGAUCAGGAUUUGGUGCUACGCAGUUUGGAUUACAUGAAUAAAACAACCAAACUUGUGGCGAAUGAAGGGGUCACAUUUACUAAUUUUUUUGUGAAUUCGCCCAUUUGUUGUCCCAGCCGAAGCACAAUUUUAACUGGGAAAUAUGCACACAACUGUCAUGUUUUUAACAAUUCAGUUGAAGGGGGCUGUUCUGGUCCAGAGUGGCAAAAGGAGCAUGAAAGAGGGUCAGUUGCUGCGAUUUUGAGGUCCAAAGGGAAUUAUAGGACCUUCUAUGCUGGGAAAUAUUUAAAUCAAUACGGCGAAAAAAACACUGGAGGUGUCAAACACGUCCCAGAAGGCUACGACUGGUGGCUAGGCCUCCAAGGCAACUCAAAAUAUUACAAUUACACCCUGUCGAUAAACGGAACUGGACAAUUCUUCGAAAAUGAGUACUUGACUGAUCAGAUCACAAAAUAUGCACUAGACUUUUUAAACCAGAAAUCCACUAUAGAAAGCAAUUUUUUCAUGAUGUUAGCACCACCUGCCUGCCAUGCCCCUUUCACACCAGCCCCCAGACAUUCGAAUUUAUUUCCAGAUUUGAAAACGUUACGGACGUUACCAUUUAAUGUGACACCAGUCCAUAAACAUUGGUUGGUACAAAUGCCACCAGAAAUUCUCCCCUCUGACGUCACAGUUUUGGAUGAAAUAUACAAAAAUCGAAUUAGAACAUUACAGGCUGUCGACGACAUGGUGAAAGUUAUCAUUAACAAAUUACAAGAAGUUAACGUCUUGAGUAACACCUAUUUUAUUCUAGCAUCAGAUAAUGGGUUUCAUAUUGGUCAAUUUACACAACCGUGGGACAAAAGAGAGCCCUACGAGAGCGAUAUCCACGUCCCUUUACUAAUAAGAGGCCCUAAUAUAUCAAAAAAGGUUCUUUCCGAGUUUCCUGUAGCUGCUGUAGACAUACUUCCUACAAUUUUGGAUUUAGCUAAGAUUGAGAAAAAAGACUCUGAUGGGCAGUCGUUCAAAGAUGAAUUAUUUAGAAGAGAGAGCCCCCCAUUUACUAAAAAUAUAUUAGUGGAGUAUUGGGGUGAAGCUGAUAGUAGCUCCAUUGACCCACAGUGUCCAUGGAGUUUUGAUAAUGAGUUAUCACAAUGUGUACUAGAUGCUUGGUGCAAGUGUCAAGAUUCCAGAAACAACACCUACAGUUGUCUCGUAGCCCUUUCUGACCACUCAAAGUUCAAAUUUUGUGUGUUUGAAGGCGGUUUUAUAGAAGCGUACAAUUUAGUGGAAGAUCCUCACGAGAUGCACAAUUUGAAGUUACAAAAAAUUGAAGUUGCUCAUUAUUAUUCAAUUUUAGAACAAUUUAAACACUGUGAAGGUACCAGUUGCUUAAUAAACUAUAAAAUUUAAA